CGUGCGUGUGCGGAUUGCAGCAGCGCAUCUCGCUCAGUGUUCCUGCAGGCAGCGGAGCGUUGAUGGGGAUAAUCAGGCCGGACUUUGGUUUUUCUUUCCCCUCUCAUCAAACCGCUGCUUCAUUCCAGAUGUGACCGGAAAUGGUUUGAUGUCGCCCGCAUUGAGUCCGCUGCUGUGACACCAUGGCUUUGGUUAUGGAGCCGAUCAGUAAAUGGACACCGAAGCAGGUGCUGGACUGGAUGAAAGGUCUGGACGACUGCCUCCAGCAGUAUGUGAAGAGCUUUGAGCGGGAGCAGAUAGGAGGAGAGCAGCUGUUGCACAUCACCCACCAGGAGCUGGAAGAGCUCGGAGUCACCAGGAUAGGACACCAGGAACUUAUCCUGGAAGCUGUGGACCUCCUCUGUGCCCUGAACUAUGGUUUAGAAACGGAAAACCUCAGAACACUGUCCCACAAGCUAAACGCCUCAGCUAAGAACCUCCAGAACUUCAUCCUUGGCCGACGAAGGGGUGGUCAUUAUGAUGGACGAGCUUCCAGAAGGUUGCCCAAUGAUUUCCUUACAUCAGUGGUGGAUUUAAUUGGCGCUGCUAAGAACCUGCUGGCCUGGCUUGACCGGUCUCCCUUUGCCAGCGUGACUGAGUAUUCAUUACUGAAGAACAACAUUGUGCAGCUGUGCUUAGAGCUGACCACCAUUGUACAACAGGACUGCACCGUCUAUGAAACAGAGAAUAAGAUCCUUCAUGUGUGUAAAACCUUAGCGGGGAUUUGUGACCACAUCAUCUCUCUGUCGUCGGACUCUCUGGUGUCUCAGUCAGCACAUCUGGAGGUGGUCCACCUCACCAGCAUCAUGCCCAGCGAAGGCCUGGGGAUGUACAUCAAGUCAACAUAUGACGGCCUCCAUGUUAUCACUGGAACCACAGAAAACUCUCCUGCUGAUCAGUGUAAGAAGAUCCACGCUGGAGACGAGGUGAUCCAAGUCAACCAUCAGACGGUGGUGGGAUGGCAGCUGAAGAACCUGGUGAACGCUCUGAGAGAAGAUCCCUGUGGAGUCAUUCUGACGCUGAAGAAACGGCCCCAGAACACCCUGAGCUCCACGCCAGCUCUGCUCAGGAACGUCCGCUGGAAACCGCUGGGUCUGCAGCCCAUCCCAACCAGCCCCACCAGCACGUCCCCCACACCAGGAGGAACCCUAGGCAUGUCCAAAAUGGACGCCCCCAGCAUGCAGGACGUCUACAUCCUCUCUCCCGUCUCUGGACUCUACAGCACCAGGGAGGAAAUGGGCCUCAUGUCGUGUGAUGACAUCGGUCGCUACAGCGUUAGCUCCCAGUCUGGGUCUAAGGGUUCAGAGGCCAUUAGCUACUACCUAGACCAGGACAGCGGUCAGUACUUCUCUCUGCUAGAGGGGGACGGACCGUCUGGGCCGGACUACGACAGAGGCCGCAACACCGGCGUCCGGCGGAGGGACAAAACUCCAACACAUGGUGAUCUCAGACCUGUUUCCAUGCCUCCUGAAUAUAACUGGAUGGCCGAGGCCAAGGAACCCAGCAUGGGAAAGAGAGGGAGCAGAGAUUCUGACAAUUCAUUGCUUCGAUACCUCAGCGAUGACAAGAUCCUGGUCAUCGAGGAGGAGCCUGAUGGUCCGGGCAGGGAGAGCCCGGGGGGUCCCCCGCCCAAAAGGCCCUUUCCCGCAGCCCCAGCUUUCCCCCCCCCUCCUUUUUCACCUCGUAUGCUUUCAUCUUCUCUCUCAAGUACGAGCCCCCCCCCCCCCCCCCCGCGAGGCGCAGACACACUGCGAGCCGAUACGGUGGACAGAUAUUCUGGCACAGGAAGCUCAGGAGCCGCCUCCAUGAGGAAGACUUUCCAUUACACCUCUUUAAGAACGAAAACCAAAAAGAGAAGUAAAGGUUCCCUCACCAGCGCCAGUCGAAGGCGGAUCUCCUGUAAGGACUUGGGCCACGGUGACUGCGAGGGCUGGCUGUGGAAGAAGAAAGACGCUAAAGGCUAUUUCACCCAAAAAUGGAGGAAGUACUGGUUUAUCCUCAAAGAAUCCUGCCUUUACUGGUACACCAACCAAAAUGAUGAGAAGGCUGAGGGCUUCAUCAGCCUCCCCGAGUUCAGAAUAGACCGAGCCAUAGAGUGCAGGCGGAAAUUCGCCUUCAAAGCCUGUCAUCCAAAAAUCAAGAGCUUCUUCUUCGCCACAGAUUGUCUGGAGGAGAUGAACAGGUGGAUGAACCGGCUGGGUCUCGCUGCCAUUGGCUACACACCGGAUGAUAAAGUGCCGCGCCCUGAUGAAGACUACUGGAGUGAGAGCGAUCAGGACGAAGUUGACGGAUCGAUGACACUCAAACAGGAGGGGCCCUCGUCCCUCUGUGAUACUUACCACCGAACACCAUCUGUCAAUUCUUCCAGCCCUUUCCCGGAGUCCAAGCAUGGUCGUCAUUUCUCCAGCGAGUCCACUCACUCCCACUCCUCAGCUGAGGACCAGCGUGGAGAUGGCCUGGGCAUGGGCACGGGCAGCACCAGCACCCACUCGUCCAGCUGCCGCUCCUCCCACCGCGAGCGUCGCUCCUGGCAGGACCUCAUCGAAACCCCCCUGACCAGCGCCGGGCUCCACUUUCUGCAGACGGCACCAGGGGAGAGCGAUUACGGCAUGAUGGGGGGAAUAGCAGGAGAGAUGGGGUUCUAUGGGGGACUGGGCAGGCAGGGAAUGUCCCCAGACCAACGCAGACAAGCAACGCUACCUGUACGGAGACACCACGCAGCAGAGAGGGACAGGGAGCGCGACGGGCCCUUCCCUCUGGAGCGGGGGCCCUACACACACAGCCACACACACCGGCGCUCCCACAAACAGCGAAGUCAGAGUCUACCGAGGAACAGAGAUCCAAUCCUGGGGAAACUGUUGCACAGCGCAGCUCAUAUGGAGGAGAGGAGUGAGGAUGAGGAGGCAGAAGGUUCAGCAGCAGACAUGCUGGAGGCAGAGGAUGACCUGCGGGAUUUCCGGAUAGACAGCAGGGAGAGGAGGGUGUCUGAGGGGAGGGAAAGACGGGUUUCAGAAGGACGGGACUGUGAUCCCCUGGAUGGGCUAGAGCAGCUGUACCGGGCCCUGGAGCAAGCUAAUGUGACCGCGCUGGGAGACCCCAAGCCCUGCAGUAAACAGGAGCUCAGACGCUGCUUCACCCAGAGAGUCAGGGACCCACUGCUCAACGACCGGCUUCACCGGGUCCGAGCCCUCCGCAGCACCUUGAAGGCCAAAGAGUCUGAGCUGGCGGUGAUCUGCGCCCUCCUGGAGGACCCCAGCCUCUGCUCCCAGACCUUCAGAGAGUGGAAGCAGUGGCACAGCGAGCUCUAUGCAGACAUCUGCCAGCUCAGUCCCGGCACCAACGGCCAGGACGACCUCUCCCCGAUGGGGGCACCUCUCAUGACCCACACGCACUCCUUCAUCGAGACACACGUGUGAUGCGAUGGAUGGCACCCUCUUUCAGACGCUGGCGCGGCGACGAACGCCCGGAGGGCUUUCCAUCGACCAUCACCACUCGGAGCACGUCCUCACACUCAAACACAGGAACAGACGUUGUAAGAUGUGUAAAUAUCACAGAGGGGAAGAGUCUGAGAGGUGUGGGGUGAACUUUUGAUAAUCAUGAGGACCCUCCCCAACACAGGGUGCCUACUGCAUGCCUGAACAGAAAGCAUUAAUCUUCCUUUGUCUAUGGAACUCACAUAAAGUCCACAAGCUUGUCGACUAAAACAGGAAAGAAUAACGACUUUAAACCCAUGUUUGUUUCUUUGCGUUGUGUUAAUGUUGAUGUUAGGGGGCAGGGGGGAGCCAUGUAGCAGCAAUACAGAGGAGAAACCUUUUCACCACAGCACUGUACUUUUCUACUGAUGAACUUUGCACCCAGAGCCACCAGGUCUCCCCCUCCCUCUGCAUCUUUCUUUUCUUCUCAUUGCAUAUCUCAAUGAUUUACAGGGAAAUCACUGUUAUUUCAGGCUUGUCUGAUGGGAGGGACAUGUGAGGGCGGAAGCUUCAGUGUUCAGACUGUGAGAGGUAGCCAUGAUUCGCCGUUUCUCUGGGAACCCAUGAAGCGAAGCAUCAACCGUGCCGUCCGCAGGCACGCUCCUUUAAACUGUGAAGUGUUCAGUCGUCUUGCAGAAGAAGGCUCCUCUGUUUUAAUGCAAUCCUGUUUCUGACCCCCCCACACACCCACCCACCCCUCCCUCUAAAAUAGUGCUCAAAGACUUGUGUAAAUGUGUAUACUGCUGUAAAUGUUUGAGUUCCACUACCACUGUGAUUCGCUUCUAGAGGUAGCGGAGAGGAGACGGCGCGUUUCUAUUAGUGUGGCUGCAGGAAAGUUUUUCUUUACUUUUUAUCUUGUUUUUUUUCACUGAAUGCAAGAGCAAAGGAGUUCUCUUUUCAAAGCAGUCACUCACUACAAAGAAUGCACUUUCUAUAUCUCUGUAUCCCAUCGGCUGCAUCACAGGGUCUGCGUCUCAUCAGCCUCCUCCUCAUUGCUCUUCAGAUAUCAGGUAAAUUCAUCUGCCCUCUCAUUUUAUAACGAUUUGUGUACAGUCUACAGAUAUAUUUAAACAUAGGAGAAUAUAUAAAUCUAUUUACAUUUUGUGUCAUAGAUGUAAAGUAAGAUGUAUUCUAUGCCAAGGUUUUUGCCCCCCUCCCCCCCCGGCAGGGUGCUCUGCAGCGGUUUGACUCGUUGGACUCACUGCUAUUCCUUCUCUUGGUGACGUGUUGCAUGAGGAAAGAUCCGGGACUAGUUAGACUGGACAGGGUAAAAUACUGUGGAUUCGUUUUUCUUUUUAUUUAUUAGUCUUGUAGCGCAUGGUACAUGCAAAAAAUAUUCUUUUUAUAGUAUAUAUUUUCACAUUUAUUAAGUCUUUUAUCAUUGCUGACAGUUUACAGACACACACUGUACAACAGACGGAGUGUUUUUCUUUUCUAGAAGGUUGUGAGUUUGGUCCAUUUAUAGUUUCUUCCAAAAGUAUUCACACCCCUAAAACUAGAAUUAAAAUCUCUAUUUUCAUUGUUGAUGCCUAAUUUUAACUCAGACAAUCGGCUCAGGUUGCUCAUAUUAAACAAUGAAAAACAGAGCAAUGGGCAUCCUUAGAAGACUUUAGGAAGUCUUUAGAAAUAAGAUAUUCAGAUAUACGCCUGAAAGAAACAGAUCGCUAACAGGACGAGCGCGUAGGACGGCCUUACAGAAUCAUAUCACCAUGAUUGACAGCUAGGAGGACCACUGAUGGAGAUGAUCCACCUGGAAAUAAAAGAUCCUCCUCUAUACCUUUAAUAUACCACAAGUUUCAUUCUGUUUAUGUUUUAGGUGAUAAACCAAAUCACAGCAAAAUGAAAUGUAAUCAGAAAAUGAUGCGUCAAUUUGGUUGAUUUUGGUUCUUAAGCACUUUACCUUUUUACUGUGAUUCCAAAUGCAAAAUUAUUACAAAAAUAUCUCCACCAGAUCUUGAGCGUAGAGAUCAACUGAUUCAGGUUUUUCCAGAUUAUUUUGACUCCAGUGUAACUGAAUCCCGAUUUGAGCUGCAGUUUUUAGAAAGCAUUAUUGUUUUAUUCUUCCUUUAUUUAUGAGUUAAAAAUUAAAAUGAUUAUAAAUGUUUCAAAAUCUGAAAUCAAAUACCAAGAAAAAAAAACCUUCCAGAAAUAUUGUCUGGUUGCUCUAGUUCUAACCUGUUUUUGCCUCUUCUUUACAAAAUAGAUCAAACUCGGUGAGAAACACAGAGAUCUUUUCAUCUCUAUUUCUGUCUCAUCUGAAGAAAGAACAAUCUUCCAUCUCCUGUGUUGCUUGAUGUAAAACGUUGAAUGCAUUUUUCACCAGUAGCUUGUUUUUAUAACCCUUCUUUCUCAAACUGUAAGCUGUGCAUGACUAAUGUCCACCUGAGCUGUGGAACCGCUGCUGCUCCUCCAGAGUUACCAGAAGCAUCUUUCUCCCCGGCCUGACGUUCAGCUGGAUGGUUUUUAUUAACCUCACCCUGCUUUAAAUAUCUGUAACAUUUUCUUUAAAACUUUUCUUUCUGCUUACUUUGACUUUAUGAAUCUUAUUUUAUUUGAAACUAAACUGAUAUUUUAUUUAGGGUUCUUUUAGCAAAUAAAGCAAAAUAUAACAGUGUCCCAUUACUUUCAGAUUUUUAAUCUUUAGAUAUUUUUUGGGUGGAAUUUUCCUUAUAUUUAUGGAAAGUUUGAGUUAAUCUGUUACAUAAAAUAAGAACAAAAUGCAUUGAAUAAAAUGAUUUUCCCCUACUGGGUCAAAUAUGCAUACAGUAAACAAACUGAUUACUAGGGUGUCAAUACUUUUGGAAGACGCUUUUUAAAUAAUGAAACGUGAAAAUCAGGGUUUCAGUCGGUAGAGAAGGACUUUGCUUCCCUAAUUUUUGCACCCAGGAAGUGGCUGAUGCUGAUUGGUCACAGAGAAACUAAAAUGAAUCAUUUCAUCUGCAACAUCAGGCCAAGGACUCAACACUGCCCCCCAGUGUCCAAAACUCUGAACAACGUGUAGCACCUGCUGCAUCCAGCUCUGUAUGUCCUCACUUCAUUUUUUACUGUUGGUCUUGAGUAGAUUUUCCAUCACAUCACACCGAAGUAAAACAUCAAACCUA